CAGGCGCAGAAGAAUCGACAGUCGGUAGUCAUGUAACCAAAAGUAUCAAACUGGAUCUCGUUUUCUUUAGCAGACCAGUCAAGAUUUCAAAAGAACGAAAGAAUGAUGCCUUAUUUAUUACUCACUCAGAAGCCAAAGAAAAAGAAGAGACAAGAAAAGAUGCUCCCACUAAAGCUGGUACGAGAGGCCUUCACCCAACACCCUCUCCUUCUCUCCCAGCAUCACCAUCGCCAUCAUUCUAAGUCCAACCUUGAAGAUGAUGAUGAUGAAAACGAUGCCUCCAAGCCCAGCAUUUACAACUUCUAUUAUUACUCCUCUAAAUCAACCAAACCCAGAACCCCCAAAUGCAAAACCAAGCCUAAGACCCCACUGCUCCUCUUUCUCCCUACCAGAGAAGUAAUCUGCGACACAUUUAGGUUAGCCACCAUAGCCAGAGAAAUGGGCAUGGAUUUCUACCCGACCCCUUCCCUUUCUCACAUCGUUUUCUCUUACUCUUCUUCCUCCCCCUCCCCCUCUUCUUCUUCGUCUUCUGCUUCUUCUUCUUCAGCUACUUCCUCUGCCUUGUCUCUCUCGUCUUCUUUUUCCAUGCCUUUACCGCACGGUCCGUUUUUGUUCCUUCCUUCACUCUCUUCCUCCUCCCUUUCCCAUCUUCGUUCCUUUGUUUCCCUCUCUAAGGCUUUCAAGCUCGUUUUCAUCUCCUCGGGCUCUAUUAUAUGCAAAUUUGAUGAGUCCCGCAACUGGGAUUGCUGCUCCAUUUCUCUAUUUUCAAGGCUGACAGGUGAUAGGAUAGAAUCCAUGGAUGCAUUUUCAAGGGCUUUGGCUGGAAUGGGAUGGACACUUUUCAAUACAAGGAAAAACCCAUCUCUAAGUUCUGCUAAUUCCGCUACGAAAUCGGUUUACUUGUUCAGGAAAGUAGAUUCAGGUCGGGUUCGGGGAGGGAGAGGGAAGAGAGGCAGGAUAAGAGAGCUGAGGUUGCCUUCAUGGAUUUCAGGAAUGCCCCUUUGAGAGAUUUUGCAGUAUAUUGUUCUGAUGACUGAUGAUGUUUUUUUUCUUGGGUAAAAAAGAAAAAAAGAAAAAGGAAGAAGAAAGAAAUGGGGUAUGUUUCUCUUUUUUGGUUACUUAUUUUUACUUUUACUGCCUUAAUUUUUCUCUUUUAUUUUUGUUAAUUUAUGCAUAUGUUUUUUGUACUUCUCCAGAAAUUAGUAAAUUACUAAUGUUAAAACAAUUUCCUGAAAUUUA